CCCGGGAAGUCUCGCGAUGCCGUAGCCGGGUGCUCCCGCUGCGGGUGGCUCUGGCUGUUGCUGUGGUUGCCUGAGUUGCUGCUGCGGCGGUGGCGGCGGCGGCGGCGGCGGUGCUGGUGGAGGUGUCGGCCCUUGGGCGGAUGUUGACAUUGUGUUGUUAUUGCUGACGGUAAUGGCGGCGGCGGCGGCCAGGACCCCAUCUCCUCUGUAGCCGAAGCCGAGACAGCCCAGCGCGAACUCCACGGCCUCUGAGCUCGCGGCAGCGAUUCCCCUCAGCCUCCGUCGCCUGGCCAGCCCGUAUCCCGGCCCCCAGCCCCACUGGAGUCAGGCCCCUUCGGGAAGGGGGCCUCGGCGGUUCAGGAUGGCGGAUUUCGACGAGAUCUACGAGGAGGAGGAGGACGAGGAGCGGGCCCUGGAGGAGCAGCUGCUCAAGUACUCGCCGGACCCGGUGGUGGUCCGCGGCUCCGGUCACGUCACCGUAUUUGGACUGAGCAACAAAUUUGAAUCAGAAUUUCCUUCUUCAUUAACUGGAAAAGUAGCUCCUGAAGAAUUUAAAGCCAGCAUCAACAGAGUUAACAGUUGUCUUAAGAAGAACCUUCCUGUUAAUGUACGUUGGCUACUUUGUGGCUGCCUUUGUUGCUGCUGCACAUUAGGUUGCAGUAUGUGGCCAGUUAUUUGCCUCAGUAAAAGAACACGAAGAUCGAUUGAGAAGUUAUUAGAAUGGGAAAACAAUAGGUUAUACCACAAGCUGUGUUUGCACUGGAGACUGAGCAAAAGGAAAUGUGAAACGAAUAACAUGAUGGAAUAUGUCAUCCUCAUAGAAUUUUUACCAAAGACACCGAUUUUUCGACCAGAUUAGCAUUUACUUUAUUUAUAGAGACUUUCCAAGUAUGUUGUCUUUCCAAUGGUGCCUUGCUUGGUGCUCUCCUGGUGGUGACAUAACAUUGGUUCUACAGAAUCGUGUGGUGUUUUUUCUGUUGUUUUUUUUUUUUCAAUAACCGCAUGUUCUAAGUGUGCAUUUUUGUCAAACUUUGCAACAGUUAUUUCAUACAGAUGUUUAAUACUUAAGUUAUUGUGCUCUUUUCUGUUAUAUAUUCUGGUUUUAAGGAUUACUUUUUUGUAUUAUCAAAAAAAUACAUUUGAACUUAGCAUAAAACAUGGCUAGCCUUUUUUAUUUUACCACCAAGGUACACAGAGUCCUUUAUUUAUUAAUUCCUUAAUAUAGAAAAAGACCUUUGUAAGGCUCUACUUAUAUAUUUAGCAAGCACACUCUGCAUUAUUUUUCUUGCUUUUAAAAUUUAAUGUAGUCAUUAUUUUUAAAUAGUUUUCUUUGAUAGCUUUUGGAAACCUAACGCAUUCUUUCUCAUACAAUUCCUAAUGCUCUGUUUACAACAGAAAUAUCUGUAACAUUAUGAAGACCUGUCAAAAAGUUUUGAAAGUAUUUCUGUCUUCAAAAGUAGCAAGGCAGGAUUAAAUUAUUUUCAUUAGAAUAUACAAAUCAGUGAAUUACAUGCAUGCAUCUAAUGGUUACUAGAGCUCAGGAUUACAAAAUAUAGUAGCAUUACAAUCUGUAUAUUUUUGAUCAAGAUGGUAUUAAUAAUGGCCUUAUUUGGUUACUUUCUAUUGUUUAUCAAAUCUUAUAUACAGAAGUAUAAAAAUAUUACCUUAAAAAUUCUAAGAAAAAUAUUUCUCCCAAUUUAACACAAUUGUAGAAUGGGUAUAUGUUUCUGAAAAGUUUUUGAAAGAAAGCUAAAGUUCUAGAAUUACAGUAAGCUGGUGUUUAAUACCCCAUUCAUAUUUAAAAACAGAUUAUUACUAAAAAAAAAUAGAAGACAUAUUUAGUACCGGUUUUAUCUACUAGUUUGCUUUCAGUCCAGUUAUGUGUACUUUUUUGAUUGAGAUUGUAACAUGUAAGUUUGAAUCAGAUCAGCUUGUUUCUUUAAAAUAUAUACAAACAUACAUUUUUUUCUCCUUUUGGUUGUACAUAUUUCCAUGCAUUUUAAAAGUUUCUAAAUUUCUGAAUGGCCUAUCUGUAAAUUUUUGUUUUUAUAAACCUGGAAUUACACAGAUUUUAUGUGUGAAGAACUUGUUCCAUACGACUGUGGUAUCGAGCAAUAAUGUGAAUAACUUUUGAAAUUAUAUGAACUAUGCUAAUUUGUAUUAAGAAUUGGUACCACUAUAUAAUACCUUUUUUCCCUUUAUUAAACCUUUUAAAUACCAGUUUCAUUAAUUUAUAUAUAUCUGUAUUUUUAAAAAGUAUUUCUUUGUACUUCUCCAAAGUACUGUAAUUCUAUAAAAACUGAAUAGUUGAAUGCCAGUAUCUUAUAUCCUAUAUCAGACAUUAGGAACUAUUUUAAAAACUAAGAAAACUAAGAUUCUUUUUUUUUUUUUUUUUUGGUCUGAGAUUUAUUUGUUUCCAUUGCCCAGCAAGACACUUACCAACUUGAAUUUAUAAAACACUUUUCCUUUGAAAAGCUCAAAGUACCAAGAAUUCAAACACUUCCCGCUUUAUUUACGGUGUAUCUUGGAUGUAUCCUAUCUCCUUAAAGUAGUGCAAUUAAAAGAUAACGCUGUUCAGAC